UCUGGCUCUGGGCGGUGUGGCCAUCUAGCGUGUCCUGUUCUGUUGAUUGGGAGCGACUCUGGCGAGCCCGGCGUGGGUUGUGGACGUGGGCUCAGUGGUGGUCUGGCCUGCUUAAGGCCCCCCAUUUGGAGUGGCAAGUAAAAAUAAAACAGAAAGGGAAAGAGGCGUGGAACCGAAGCUGACUGAGGGAUGGGAAGCGCGUGAGCCGGGACUGAGAGUUUCAGGUUUCUCAUUGUACGGAUCAUUGAUUGAAUUAAUAGAUGACUUUACCUCGGCUCACAGGAGCCUUGCGCUCCUUUUCAAAUGUCACCAAGCAAGAUAAUUAUAAUGAAGAAGUAGCUGACUUAAAGAUAAAGCGGUCUAAACUUCAUGAACAAAUUGUAGGUUUGGAUCUGACAUGGAAGAAGUUAGUAACAUUUUUGAAUGAAAAACUGGAGAAGAAUGAAAUGCAAAGUGUAAAUGAAGACUUAAAAGAUAUAUUACAGGCUGCAAAACAAAUAGUUGGAACAGAUCAUGGAACAGAAGCAAUUGAAAGUGCAGCUGCAUUUCUCUUCAAGACAUUUCACUUGAAGGACUCUGUUGGUCACAAGGAGACAAAGGCUAUCAAACAGAUGUUUGGUCCCUUUCCAUCAUCAUCUGCCACUGCAGCUUGUAAUGCUACCAAUAGGAUUACUUCUCGUUUUCAUCCAGACAGUCUUACUGCCCUUGUCCAGAUGACAAAAGAUGAAUGUGGUGACAGAGUUUUAUUUGGUAAUAAUUUAGCAUUUUCAUUUGACAUGCAUGAUUUGGACCACUUUGAAGAACUGCCAAUAAAUGGCGAACCCCAGAAAACUAUAAGCCUAGAUUACAAGAAGUUUCUGAAUGAACAUUUUCGGGAGCAUUCCACUCCAGAGGUCAAACCUGUGGAGAAAACAAAUGACUCCUUUUUGUGGUGUGAAGUUGAGAAGUACUUAAAUGCAACUUUAAAUGAAAUGGCUGAAGCAACAAGAAUAGAAGAUCUUUGCUGUACUUUAUAUGAUAUGCUUGCUUCUGUUAAAAGUGGUGAUGAACUUCAGAAUGAGCUAUUUGAACUGCUGGGACCUGAUGGACUUGAACUUAUUGAGAAACUCCUCCAGAACAGAAUUACAAUUGUGGACAGAUUUCUUAAUUCUUCAAAUGAUCAUAAGUUGCAGGCUCUUCAAGACAAUUGCAAAAAAAUUUUAGGAGAAAAUGCUAAACCCAAUUAUGGUUGUCAAGUCACUAUUCAGUCUGAACAAGAAAAGCAAUUGAUAAAACAAUAUCGCCGAGAAGAAAAAAAGAAUGCUAGACGGGAGAAAAAGACUGGAGAAGAUGGUGAAGUUUCAGAAGGACUUAUGUGCUUUGAUCCUAAGGAAUUGCGGAUACAAAGAGAGCAGGCACUCCUGAAUGCUAGAAGUGUUCCAAUUCUGAGCAGGCAGAGGGACAUGGACUUUGAAAAAAUACGUUAUCCCCAUGUUUAUGAUUCCCAGGCUGAGGCCAUGAGAACAUCAGCAUUCAUUGCUGGUGCAAAGAUGAUUUUGCCAGAAGAAAUUCAAAGAGAGAAUAACAAGAUGUAUGAAGAAGUCAAGAUUCCCCACAGUGAGCCAAUGCCAAUUGGCUUUGAGGAAAAACCAGUUUAUAUCCAAGACUUAGAUGAGAUUGGUCAACUGGCUUUUAAAGGAAUGCGGAGACUCAAUAGAAUCCAGUCGAUUGUGUUUGAGACUGCCUACAACACCAAUGAGAACAUGCUCAUUUGUGCCCCUACUGGAGCUGGGAAAACCAACAUUGCAAUGCUCACAGUUUUACAUGAAAUUCGCCAACAUUUUCAACAAGGUGUCAUCAAAAAGAAUGAAUUUAAGAUUGUAUAUGUUGCUCCAAUGAAAGCCUUGGCAGCUGAAAUGACAAAUUACUUCAGCAAACGUCUAGAGCCACUGGGCAUUGUUGUGAGAGAACUGACUGGUGACAUGCAGUUGUCAAAAAAUGAAAUUUUACGAACUCAGAUGCUUGUGACCACACCAGAAAAAUGGGAUGUAGUGACAAGAAAGAGUGUUGGGGAUGUAGCUGUUUCCCAAAUUGUAAAGCUCCUUAUUCUCGAUGAAGUUCACUUGCUGCAUGAAGACAGAGGACCAGUAUUAGAAAGCAUAGUGGCACGUACUUUACGGCAGGUUGAAUCCACACAAAGUAUGAUAAGGAUUCUUGGACUCUCUGCAACCUUACCCAACUACCUCGACGUUGCUACGUUUUUGCACGUUAAUCCCUUCAUUGGACUUUUCUAUUUCGAUGGCCGUUUUCGACCAGUUCCUCUUGGACAGACAUUUCUGGGGGUUAAAAGUGCAAAUAAGGUGCAACAAUUGAAUAACAUGGACGAAGUAUGCUAUGAAAGUGUUUUGAAGCAAGUAAAGGCUGGACACCAGGUGAUGGUGUUUGUACAUGCUCGAAAUGCCACUGUAAGAACAGCUAUGUCUCUAAUAGAAAGAGCAAAAAAUAGUGGCCAGGUUUCCUGCUUUUUACCUACACAAGGAUCUGAAUAUGGACAUGCAGAAAAACAGGUGCAAAAGUCAAGAAAUAGGCAAGUGCGAGAAUUAUUCCCAGAUGGUUUUAGUAUUCAUCAUGCAGGAAUGCUUCGGCAGGACAGAAAUUUGGUUGAAAACUUGUUUUCUAAUGGGCAUAUCAAAGUCCUAGUCUGUACAGCCACAUUAGCCUGGGGUGUCAAUCUUCCUGCACAUGCUGUUAUUAUUAAGGGAACACAAAUAUAUGAUGCAAAAAGAGGCUCCUUUGUUGACCUUGGAAUAUUAGAUGUCAUGCAGAUAUUUGGUCGAGCUGGAAGACCACAAUUUGACAGAUUUGGGGAAGGAAUCAUCAUAACAACACAUGAUAAACUCAGCCAUUACCUCACUUUGCUCACUCAACAAAACCCAAUUGAGAGUCAGUUUCUGGAAAGCCUUGCAGAUAACCUGAAUGCAGAGAUUGCUCUGGGAACAGUCACUAAUGUGGAAGAAGCAGUGAAGUGGAUAAGUUACACUUAUCUUUAUGUACGGAUGAGAGCAAAUCCAUUAGUAUAUGGCAUCAGUCACAAGGCUUAUCAGAUUGACCCGACAUUAGCAAAGCAUCGUGAACAGUUGGUCAUUGAAGUUGGACGAAAACUAGACAAAGCUAGGAUGAUUCGUUUUGAGGAGCGAACGGGAUAUUUUUCCUCUACCGAUUUGGGUAGAACAGCCAGCCACUACUAUAUUAAAUACAACACCAUUGAGACCUUCAAUGAACUCUUUGAUGCUCACAAAACAGAAAGUGAUAUCCUUGCUAUAGUCUCCAAAGCUGAAGAAUUUGAGCAAAUCAAGGUCAGAGAAGAGGAAAUAGAUGAGUUAGAAGCCUUAUUAAGCAAUUUCUGUGAACUCUCAGCUCCUGGAGGUGUAGAGAACAGUUAUGGGAAAAUAAAUAUCCUACUUCAGACUUACAUCAGCAGAGGCGAGAUGGACAGUUUCUCCCUUAUAUCAGAUUCUGCAUAUGUUGCACAGAAUGCAGCUAGAAUUGUCCGUGCUCUCUUUGAAAUUGCUCUGAGGAAACGUUGGCCUGCCAUGACCUACAGGCUCCUGAAUCUCAGUAAAGUCAUCGACAAGAGGCUCUGGGGUUGGGCUAGCCCUUUGAGACAGUUUUCAGUCUUACCACCACACAUUCUAACAAGAUUAGAAGAGAAAAAUCUUACUGUGGAUAAGCUGAAAGACAUGAGAAAAGAUGAAAUAGGUCACAUGCUGCAUCAUGUGAAUAUUGGGCUCAAGGUCAAACAAUGUGUUCAUCAAAUUCCUUCCGUUACAAUGGAAGCUUCCAUUCAGCCCAUCACACGGACUGUACUCCGUGUGACGCUCAGUGUCUGUGCUGAUUUCACUUGGAAUGAUCAGGUCCAUGGGACAGUAGGAGAACCCUGGUGGAUUUGGGUAGAAGAUCCUUCAAAUGAUCAUAUUUAUCAUUCAGAGUAUUUUCUAGUUCUUAAAAAACAGGUCAUUAGUAAAGAAGCUCAACUGCUGGUGUUUACAAUCCCUAUUUUUGAACCUUUGCCUUCCCAAUACUACAUCCGAGCAGUGUCCGAUAGAUGGUUAGGAGCUGAAGCUGUGUGCAUUAUCAACUUUCAACAUCUGAUUCUGCCAGAGAGGCAUCCUCCCCAUACAGAAUUACUGGAUCUUCAGCCUCUACCAGUCACGGCUUUGGACUGUGAAGCAUAUGAAGCACUGUACAACUUUAGCCAUUUUAACCCUGUACAGACACAAAUAUUUCAUACACUGUAUCACACAGACUGUAAUGUCCUACUUGGAGCACCCACUGGAUCGGGGAAGACUGUUGCAGCUGAAUUAGCCAUUUUCAGAGUCUUCAACAAGUACCCUACUUCAAAGGCAGUAUAUAUUGCACCCCUAAAAGCCCUCGUACGUGAAAGAAUGGAUGACUGGAAAAUUAGAAUAGAAGAAAAACUUGGUAAAAAAGUUAUUGAACUGACAGGGGAUGUGACUCCUGAUAUGAAAUCCAUUGCCAAAGCCGACCUCAUUGUCACCACACCAGAGAAGUGGGAUGGAGUCAGCAGAAGCUGGCAAAAUAGGACCUAUGUAAAGCAAGUCACAAUUCUCAUCAUAGAUGAGAUCCAUCUCCUUGGGGAGGAAAGAGGCCCUGUUCUAGAAGUCAUUGUCUCUCGAACAAAUUUCAUCUCAUCACACACAGAAAAGCCUGUUAGAAUAGUUGGACUCUCUACUGCAUUAGCUAAUGCCAGAGACCUUGCCGACUGGCUCAAUAUUCGUCAGAUGGGCUUGUUCAACUUCCGACCAUCAGUACGCCCAGUUCCACUGGAAGUUCACAUUCAAGGCUUCCCAGGUCAACAUUACUGUCCUCGUAUGGCUAGUAUGAAUAAGCCCACAUUUCAAGCAAUUCGAAGCCAUUCUCCAGCCAAACCUGUUCUUAUCUUUGUCUCAUCGAGACGUCAAACUCGUCUUACUGCUUUGGAAUUGAUAGCCUUUCUGGCUACUGAGGAAGAUCCAAAGCAGUGGUUGAAUAUGGACGAAAGAGAGAUGGAGAAUAUCAUUGGAACGCUAAGAGAUUCCAACCUGAAGCUUACACUUGCUUUCGGAAUAGGAAUGCAUCAUGCUGGACUACAUGAGAGGGACCGGAAAACAGUAGAAGAACUUUUUGUUAACUGUAAAGUUCAGGUUCUUAUUGCUACAAGUACAUUAGCUUGGGGUGUAAACUUUCCAGCUCACUUAGUAAUUAUUAAAGGAACAGAAUAUUAUGAUGGAAAAACAAGACGUUAUGUGGAUUUUCCCAUUACAGAUGUACUCCAGAUGAUGGGACGUGCUGGAAGGCCCCAGUUUGAUGACCAAGGCAAAGCCGUAAUUCUGGUUCAUGACAUAAAGAAAGAUUUUUACAAAAAAUUUCUUUAUGAACCAUUCCCAGUAGAAUCGAGUUUAUUAGGAGUGCUUUCUGACCAUUUAAAUGCAGAGAUUGCUGGUGGUACGAUAACAUCAAAGCAAGAUGCAAUGGAUUAUAUCACCUGGACUUACUUUUUCCGACGUCUUAUCAUGAACCCCAGCUACUACAAUUUGAGUGAUGUGAGCCAUGACUCUGUGAACAAGUUUCUGUCUCACCUGAUUGAGAAGUCUCUGGUUGAAUUGGAACGUUCCUAUUGUAUUGAAAUUGGAGAGGAUAAUCGGAGCAUUGAACCUCUGACAUAUGGCCGAAUUGCCUCUUAUUAUUAUCUGAAGCACCAAACAGUUAAAAUGUUCAAGGAGCGCUUGAAACCUGAAUGCAGUACCGAAGAACUGCUUUCAAUUCUAAGUGAUGCAGAAGAAUACACAGAUUUACCAGUAAGACACAACGAAGAUCAUAUGAAUAGUGAACUGGCAAAGUGUCUUCCCUUGGAAUCCAAUCCUCAUUCGUUCGACAGCCCUCACACCAAAGCCCAUCUCCUGCUACAGGCGCAUCUCAGCCGAGCCAUGCUGCCCUGCCCAGAUUACGACACUGACACCAAGACAGUCUUGGACCAAGCUCUCCGAGUAUGUCAGGCAAUGCUCGAUGUGGCUGCAGACCAGGGCUGGCUGGUGACCGCCCUGGGCAUCACCAACCUGGUGCAGAUGGUGAUCCAGGGCCGGUGGCUGAAAGACUCUUCUCUUCUUACGAUCCCAAACAUAGAACACCAGCAUCUUCACAUUUUCAGGAAAUGGAGCGCAGGAACGAAGGGCCCACGUGCCGGCUGCCAUGGCGUCAUCGAGUGCCUCCCUGAACUGAUCCAGGCCUGCGGAGGGAAAGACCAUGUGUUCAGCUCCAUGAUAGAAAGUGAGCUGCCAGCUGCAAAAAUGAAACAGGCAUGGAAUUUCUUAUCUCACUUGCCAGUGAUAGAUGUUAGCUUAAGCAUCAAAGGCUGGUGGGAUGACUCAGUGGAAGGGCACAGUGAACUUUCUGUCACAACUCUGUCUUCAGACAAACGAAAUGACAACAGAUGGAUCACAUUGCAUGCUGAUCAAGAGUAUGUGCUUCAAGUCAGCUUGCAGAGAGCCCACUUUGGGUUCCACAAGGGAAAGCAAGACAGCCAUGCAGUUACCCCUCGGUUUCCCAAAUUAAAAGAUGAAGGAUGGUUUUUGAUAUUAGGAGAAGUGGAUAAAAGAGAACUUAUUGCUUUGAAAAGAGUAGGGUAUGUUCGAAAUCAUCAUGUAGUUUCCGUCUCUUUUUACACCCCCGAAGCACCGGGAAGGUAUAUCUACACACUGUAUUUCAUGAGCGACUGCUACCUGGGCCUGGACCAGCAGUACGACAUUCACCUCAACGUCACGCCUGCGAGCGUUUCUGCACAGGUCAACGAAGAGAUCUCCAAUGCCUUGACUGGCCUGGAAGUGAAGUAACCUGACCCGAACCAUUAUUUGAAAGAAGUGGUUAAGAAGUCUGGCUGUUCAUUCAGCUAGACAAAGUCAGAUUACAUGACGUUUGCCCUGGUGGAAUCAACUUUGAACCUCAAGACGCCCAGGAAACUGUCAGUGGCUGCAGUCGCUUUCAGCCCGGGUUAGCCCGGUGGCCUUCCAACAGACGCUGCCUUUUAUAAUAUCAUCUCCAUGGGUUUUCUGAUGUGUAAAAUCAAUGCCUGUGGAGGAGAAUCUUUCCAUUUGUGUAUUUUGAGAUUAUUAUAUAGGAAUUAUCAGCCACAUUUUACAUUACACAGUGUACUGUUUAUAAGAAUAUUAGCUUCUUUUCUUUCUGAGGAAAACCACACUGAGGCGUGACAGUGUUCGAAUUUGUUUCAACAGAUUUCUAACCCUGCAGCAGAAAAUAUGGAGAUGUUGGUACGGCGGCGCACAGUGUGUCUUGUUAGCAAAAUUUUUACUUUGCCACAUGGACAAAUAAUUUCAAGAAUUUCUUAUAUUCAUAAAUGUUAAUAAUAUAUGAAGUAAAAUUAUAUUACAGAGCUCAAUGUUGAAAACAAAAUAUGCUGACCCUAGAAAAUGUCGAUACUGUAACUAGUGGAAAUAAAAUAUUUAGCU